AUGUCCUCUCCUUCGUCGUCCAAGGUUGAUGACUUUCUAUCGCUGUUGUCGCUGAUGUCGCAGCAGAAGUUGCUGGAGGACUCGCAAAGACAGAGGCAGUUGCAACGAAAUAUCGAUGAGUUAAGGUCGAAGCUGAACAGUGUGUCGCCCGUGCGGCCACCUCCGAAACCUGCCAGGCCACUUGCAGCCGAUGUGUCCAACAAAAAGUUGACCGAUAUCCCACUGAUCAAGUUCAAUAGGCUGGGCUCCAGAUCUGGCACUGGCAUGACGGCGGGGUCUGAAGACAAACCUCCCCCAAUGCCACUCAGACGGGCAGAUAUCGAUAGGGACGAGGGACCUGCACCUCGGUUACCGAUGAGGAAGCCAAGCAGACCAGAUAGACCGACAUAUGUCGACAAUGAGGAGGGAUCAGCGCCUCGAUUACCGACGAGGAAAUCUAGCAGGCCUGAGAGACCGCCUAGGCACGCAGACGUAGAGCCAAAACAAAGUGCAGACUUGGUGGAUCUCAAUUUAGACUUGGUGAGACCGGUAGCACCGAAGUCUUCUGUUGCUCCGAGGGGAGCCCUGGGAUCCACGUAUGACAUACUCAAGGAAGUACAGGCACCAUCUACGUACAAUUUCCAGGCAAAAUCCCUGAAUAAACAAGCUAACCCGGAACCAACCUAUAAUUCGUUUACUCACAUGGAGAAAAGCAUCAAAACAGGAGGAGUGAGGAACCUUGACGAUCACAUGCCCUUGAAGUCCAAACCACCAGUCCCAAUUAGGUCCAGCAACGGCGGGUGGCUUUCCUCGUCGUUAGAUAACUCCAAAACCGCUUCAACUGUCCAAGCACAGUCAAUUGUGAAACCCAGGCAUCUUGAUAUCAUUGCGGCCACAGGUAGUGCUCGCAAUUCUAGCACCUACUCUAAUAGUGGUGCUAGCACUUCGCCAACGCACAAACAGCAGUAUAUCCCUCAGGAUAAUGGUCCCAAUGCCAUAAAGAUCAUUCAGCUGUCACCAAAAAGGGAACGGAACUCAAUGUCCUGGCUAGACAGUGCCGUUAAUAAAUCCCCGGAACAACCUAACAGAGGCAUCAUAGUUGUUAAGAAUCGGAACCCUCCUGUUGCUCCCUCACCUGCUAGGAGCGCUCUCGAGUCCACACAAGAAAAGAAACCUGAAGCUCUGAAGCCUCCUAAGCCAGAGCGUAAGUUUGAAAAACUGCUCAAUAAACUUGAAGUUGAGGAACCGAAGAGUGAAGCUCUUUCACAACUCGAGAAAUUAAGGAAGUCGCCUAUAAAGGCAGGGGGUUCUGGUGAAACUCUAGAGGAUGACAGAUUAGAAUAUUUGAAAAGGUUCGAUAGAAUGAAAAACUCAUCGCUAACCUCUCUGCUUGAUAAGUCACCAACAAAGUCAUCGAUUUUAAAAUACGAAGAACAGGAUUCGAAAAUGAUUAGAGAGCAAUUGGAUAAAGCAAAGAAUUUUAAAGGCAAAUCAGAAAUAGCAAAAGAUGGUGCUACGCCUCCACUUAAACCUGCCAAGCCUGCAAGACCAUCUGUCAUUAGCUACGAACAGAAGGAUUCGGAGAUAUUGAGGAGCCAGAUGAAAAAGCUUAACUCAAGACCAACUCUUGGUCGGAAGGAGGAAGAUCAGCCCGAAGGAUUAAAAGCGUUGGCAAAUUUAAAGGCAGCAAAGCCACCAGCAAAGCCGGCUGCACCUAAAACAGAAGCGUUAAAGAAAUUCGAGGAUUUAAAGAGUCGUCAUAAUGUAGUAGCAGCAAAGGAAGCUGAAGAAGAGAAGCCAAGGGAAGAUCCUUCUGCUUCUUUUCAAAAUAAGUUGUCAAAUAUAUUGCGGGCGAACACCCUCCCAAGAUUAGAUGGUAAAGAAGAAAAGAGUUCCUCUCCAGGUGUUCAUCGCUCGUCAACAUUUCCAAAAUCAGCCAGUAAGUCAAAUGAGAAGAGAUUAGAUACAGCAGGUGCCAAAUUGAGCCAUGCUACCAAGACCAGAAGUAAAGGACCCAAGAGAAAACUACCAGGAAGCAUGAAAAAGAGCGGAACUUCUGGAUCCACAAAUACUCAACCUUCUUCAACUACAUCUUUAUCUUCAGCUACACCUGACCCUGCCCAAGCAACCAUCCCAGACUUCAAGAAGAAGGCACCACCCAUUGUGAAUAGAGAGGGUAAGAGGAAUGCAUUGGAAAACUUGAAACCAAGCAGAAACUUCAGCGGAGAACUAUUCAUAUAG